AUGGACGAAGCGCGGCCGCUGUGGGCCACCCCGCUACAGUUCGUGUUCGCCUGCAUCUCGUACGCCGUGGGCCUGGGCAACGUGUGGCGCUUCCCCUACCUGUGCCAGAUGUACGGCGGAGGUAGUUUCCUGGUGCCCUAUGUCGUCAUGCUCACCGUGGAGGGCGUGCCGCUCCUGUACCUGGAACUGGCAGUGGGGCAGCGCAUGCGCCAGGGCAGCAUCGGCGCCUGGAGGACCAUCAACCCCUACCUCAGUGGUGUUGGCGUGGCCAGUGUGGUGGUGUCCUUCUUCCUCUCCAUGUACUACAAUGUCAUCAACGCCUGGGCCUUCUGGUACCUCUUCCACUCCUUCCAGGAUCCCCUGCCAUGGUCCAUGUGCCCACUGAAUGGCAACCGUACGGGCUAUGAUGAGGAGUGCGAGAAGGCUUCCUCGACGCAGUACUUCUGGUACCGGAAAACCCUCAACAUCUCGCCGUCCAUCCAGGAGAGCGGGGCGGUGCAGUGGGAGCUGGCGCUGUGCCUCAUCCUGGCCUGGCUCCUGGUGUACUUGUGCAUCCUGCGGGGCACGGAGUCCACCGGCAAGGUGGUGUACUUCACUGCGUUGCUGCCCUACUGCGUGCUCAUCGUCUACCUGGUCAGGGGCCUCACGCUCCACGGAGCCACCAACGGCCUGGCAUACAUGUUCACUCCCAAGUCUGGGAUUCCCACCCGGGGUUCUCCAGCCCUGUCCCUGCUGGCUUUCCAGAUGGAGCAGCUGGCCAACCCCAAGGCCUGGAUCAACGCAGCCACCCAGAUCUUCUUCUCGCUCGGCUUGGGGUUCGGCAGCCUCAUCGCCUUCGCCAGCUACAACGAGCCCUCCAACAACUGCCAGAAGCACGCCAUCAUCGUGUCCAUCAUCAACAGCUCCACCUCCAUCUUUGCCAGCGUCGUCGCCUUCUCCAUCUAUGGCUUCAAGGCCACCUUCAACUACGAAAGCUGCUUGAACAAGGUGAUUCUGCUGCUGACCAAUUCUUUCGACCUUGAGGAUGGCUUUUUGACAGUCAGCAACCUGGAGGAGGUGAAAAGUUACCUGGCGUCUGCCUACCCCAGCAAGUACAGCGAGGUGUUCCCACAGAUUAAAAACUGCAGCUUGGAAUCAGAGCUGGAAACGGCCGUCCAGGGCACCGGCCUGGCCUUCAUCGUCUACACAGAGGCCAUCAAAGACAUGGAGGCGUCCCAGCUGUGGGCGGUGCUGUACUUCUUCAUGCUGCUGAUGCUGGGCGUUGGAAGCAUGCUGGGGAACACCGCCGCCAUCCUCACCCCUCUGACCGACAGCGAGGUCAUCUCCAGCUACCUGCCCAAGGAGGCAAUCUCAGGUCUGGUGUGCCUCGUCAGCUGUGCCAUCGGCUUGGUGUUCACCAUGGAGGCUGGCAACUACUGGUUCGACAUCUUCAACGACUAUGCUGCCACACUGCCCCUGCUGCUCAUUGUCCUGGUGGAGGCGGCCGCCGUGUGCUACCUGUACGGACUGAAGAGAUUCGAAAGCGACCUUAAGGCUAUGACUGGACACGCUCUGAACUGGUACUGGAAGGCCAUGUGGGGCGGUGUGAGCCCGCUGCUCAUCAUCAGCCUCUUUGUCUUCUACCUGAGUGACUACAUCGUCACGGGGACCCUGCAGUACCAAGCCUGGGACGCCUCCCAGGGCCAGCUUGUGACCAAGGACUACCCCCCGUAUGCACUGGCCAUCAUUGGGCUGCUCGUGGCCUCCUCUACCAUGUGCAUCCCCCUGGGGGCCCUGGGGACUUUCAUCGUGCGCCACCUCAAGUGGGGAGACACAGCCUCCGUGGCCUGAGAGCUGGGCUUCCUCGAGACUGCCGUCAGCCACUCACUAUC